CAGAUAUAUAUAUUAAAAAAAAAAAAGGAAGAACAAAAAUAAAACAACCAAAAAACUCUGAAAUCGUGCAUGCCAUACACAAGAAUUCUACACAAUUCGGCUGCAGUGACCAUAAUAUGCUGGAGUUCAGGAUCUUGCGAGGAGGAAGCAGGGAAAGAAGUAGGAUUGCAACCCUGGACUUCAGGAGAACAAACUUUGGCCACUUCAGGGAUCUACUUGGAAGAAUCUACUUGGUUAGGGCCCUAGAAGAAACGGGGGUUGAAGACAGCUGGUCAAUAUUCAAGCAUCACUUCCUCCAAGCUCAAGAUCCAGUGCAUCCCUAUGAGUAAGAAGGCAAGCAAAGGGGGCAGGAGACCUGCAUGGAUGGGAAGGGAGCUCCUGGCAAUGCUCAGAUAGAAGAAGGCAUGUGGAAAAAGGGACAGACCACUUGGGAGGAAUAUAGGGACACUGUUAGAGUAUGCAGGGAUGCAACGAGGAAGGCCAAGGCCCAUUUGGAAUUAAGUCUGGCAAGGGAUUUCAAAGACAAUAAGAAGGGCUUCUUCAAAUACAUCAGUAGAAAAAGGAAGACCAGAGGAAAUGUAGGCCCACUGCUGAAGGAGGCAGGUGCCCUGGUGACAAAGGUUACAGAGAAUGCAGAGUUGCUGAAUGCCUUUUUUGCUUCAGUCUUUACCGCUAAGAUCAGCCCUCAGGAAUCUCAGACCCUGGAGACAAAAGACAAAGUAUGGAGGAAGGAGGACAUGGCCUUGGUCGAAGAGGAUCGGGUCAGAGAUCAUUUAAGCAAGCUUGAUAUCCACAAAUCCAUGGGUCCUGAUGGAAUGCACCCACAGGUGCUGAGGGAGCUGGCCAGUGUUAUUGCUAGGCCACUCUCUGUCAUCUUUGAAAGGUCGUGGAGAACAGGAGAGGUGCCUGAGGAAUGGAAGACAGCCAGUGUCAUGCUAGUCUUCAAAAAGGGGCAAGAAGGAAGACACGGACAACUACGGGCCAGUCAGCCUCACCUCCAUCCCUGGAAAGGUGAUGGAACAGCUUUUCCUGGAGGCCAUUUCCAAGCAUGUGGAGGAUAAGGUGAUCAGGAAGAGCGGUCGUG